AUGACAGAAGUUGUGACCCUCUCUACCCCAAAUUCAAAGACAACAUCGAGGCUUGAAUUACCUUCAACCCCAUCCAAAAAACCUGUAUUACCCAAUACUGAACAAUUUACAUUACGGAAUUUUACACCAUCCAAGCCAUAUAGAUUUUCCCGUCCAUCUAUAAGAUCCAAUUCGACUAAUGUCAUCCCUCAAAGAUUGGCAAUAGAAUCAAACAGUCUUAGUGAGAGUGAAGAUAAUAUGUCACCUGUUAUAUAUGAAGAUGCACUAGGUAGAAAGCUAAAUAAUGAUAACGAAAGUAUAUCACCAGUAUCUGAUUUUGGAUCAGUUAGUCCCUUCUGUGACGUUCCACCUUUACCAUCAUAUUCUCCUGUAUCAUCAAAGAAUGAAUAUAUUGACCCAUUUAAUGUGGAUAACCUAAUAUGGAAUCCAAAACCAUUUGCAAAGAAAGAGGCCUUUGAAUUAAAUAAAAUGUUACAUUCUACUUUAACAGAUUACAAGAAUAAGAUACUGUCCGAGACAAGACCAAUUAAGAAGCGUAAAAUAAGAAUUUCAAAAAAACUUAAACAUAUUCCAUGUCACCAUUAUGAUAAACCACAGAGAUCUAUUUUAAAAUUACAAAAGGGUUCACUUAACCUUUUAGUUAGUUCAUCAAAAGGAUCCCUUCAGGACGCAACAAUUUUUGCCACUGAAAUUAAUGCUACUGUGAAUAAAGAAGAUAGUAAACUUCCAUUAAUAACAAACAUAUGGGAACGUAUUACUAUUCCUGUAAAUUCAGAGAUUAAACAAAAAUAUAAGAAGAUAAAAUUAGAAUGGUACGGCAAUGACAAUUAUGACGAUUCUGCUGAUGAUGAGCAAUUUAAAUUCGAGGAUUCAGACGAAUUUUAUGGAUCGAAAAAUGAGGAUAAUAUCAAUGACGCUGCAUUGAUCAGAGGAUUUGAAUUCGACUCCAGUACUGCCUCUUACAAAGUAGCUAACGCGGCCGAGAAGACCAUCAGGUGGGCUACUGUCUUAGAGCACUAA